CAGCCUCUGCCAUGGCCGGAUCCGGCGCGUGGAAGCGCCUCAAAUCUCUGCUAAGGAAGGAUGAUGCGCCGCUGUUUUUAAAUGACACCAGCGCCUUUGACUUCUCGGACGAGGUGGGGGACGAGGGGCUUUCUCGGUUUAACAAACUUCGAGUUGUGGUGGCCGAUGAUGGUUCUGAAAUCCCAGAAAGGCCUAUUAACGGGGCGCACCCGGCCCUGCAGGCCGACGACGAUUCCUUACUGGACCAGGACUUAGCUUUGACCAACAGUCAGCUGAGUUUGAAGGUGGACCCCUGUGACAACUGCAGCAGACAGCGAGAGUUACUGAAGCAGAGAAAGGUGAAAACCAGAUUGACCAUUGCUGCCGUUCUUUACUUGCUUUUCAUGAUUGGAGAACUUGUAGGUGGAUACAUUGCAAACAGCCUAGCAAUCAUGACAGAUGCACUUCAUAUGUUAACUGACCUAAGCGCUAUCAUACUGACCCUGCUUGCUUUGUGGCUAUCUUCAAAAUCACCAACCAAAAGAUUCACCUUUGGAUUCCAUCGCUUAGAGGUUUUAUCAGCUAUGAUUAGUGUGCUGUUGGUGUAUAUACUUAUGGGAUUCCUCCUAUAUGAAGCUGUCCAAAGAACUAUCCAUAUGAAAUACGAAAUAAAUGGAGAUAUAAUGCUCAUCACUGCAGCAGUUGGAGUUGCUGUUAAUGUAAUAAUGGGGUUUCUGUUGAACCAGUCUGGUCACCACUCCCAUUCCCACUCCCUGCCUUCAAAUUCUCCUACCACAGGUUCUGGCUGUCGACACGACCACGGGCAGGACAGCCUGGCAGUGAGAGCUGCAUUUGUACAUGCCGUGGGGGACUUGGUACAGAGUGUUGGUGUACUAAUAGCUGCAUACAUCAUAAGAUUCAAGCCAGAAUACAAGAUUGCUGAUCCCAUCUGUACAUAUGUAUUUUCAUUACUUGUGGCUUUUACAACAUUUCGCAUCAUAUGGGACACAAUAGUUAUAAUACUAGAAGGUGUACCAAGCCACUUGAACGUAGACUAUAUCAAAGAUGCCUUGAUGAAAAUAGAAGAUGUAUAUUCCGUGGAAGAUUUAAAUAUCUGGUCUCUUACUUCAGGAAAACCUACUGCCAUCGUACACAUACAGCUAAUUCCUGGAAGUUCAUCUAAAUGGGAGGAAGUACAGUCCAAAGCAAAGCAUGUAUUAUUGAACACAUUUGGCAUGUAUAAAUGUACUGUUCAGCUUCAGAGUUACAGGCAAGAAGUGGACAGAACUUGUGCACGUUGUCAGAGUUCCAGUCCUUAACUUGAUACGUUUUGGGGACUACUGCCUUAUUCAUCCUGCAGUCACAGAACUGAGGGCAGUAAAUGCGCACAUCUGCCUGAGGAAAUGGACUCCCUACCAGCUGUGUCCACAUCAAGCAGAGUCCCUCAGAACAGUCACUCCAGCCGGACAGCCCUAGUUUCUGUUUAAUGGUAAAAUGAGACUUCACCCUGAUUGUCAGAUGAAGGUGUUUCCAAAACACUGUUCACAGAGUAAGAUGUGACUCCACGGAUACCUCAAAGAAGACAAUCCAAGACCACACUGCAUUAAUUAUGACAGAGUACAUGUCUUAAAGGAAGCAUCAAGAAUUCAGUAUUUGCAUUUAAAAAUCCUUUUUAAAGACCAUUUUUUAUCGAGCCAGUGCUGGAAAACUGAAUUUUUUUUUUAUUAUGUAAUCUUGACAUCCGGCUUCUGGAAUUUGACACCCAGCUCUCUUUUUACAGAAAUUAUUUCUCAGCAGAUUUCAGAGAGUACUAGACAUUAUCCAGAGAGUGGAAUAAGCAUGUAUUCCCACGUUUCAGAAAUGUUUUAUUUCACAAAUAACUUAAUGUUAUUAUUGUAGUUAUACUUUAUAAACCGUUUUUUCCAGAUGUUACGGGGUUUUGCAUCUCAAAGUUAACAUUUUGGGUUAUUUGUAAUCUUAAUCAGAACCAAAUCUUUACAUAUUGUGAUCACUGUCAUUAGGAUUAUUUAGGAAAUAUUUUCAAUACUAUUCUGAAGGGCAGAAGUUCAUCUUAAACUCAAGUUGCAAUAUGAUAAUGUAAAACGAAAUAUAGGAGUAAGGAUGGAGUGUGGAAUGUCAGAUUUAAGUCUUCCUGAAAUCCCUUUUAUUGUUCAUAGAAUUAUCUUUACUUAAGAAUAGGAGGAGACUGCAAAAUGUAAACAGUGGUCCUCUGUCCUUUUAAGAACUAGAAGUUUGCUUGGUACCUUGCUUCCGGCCUCCUUACCAGUUAGUUAGAUUGGGCCCUUUCAGUGUAAAGUUCUGGAGGACUAAGGGUCAGUGUAUAAUGCCCAUCUUUCACAUGUGGAUUAACCACAUUCCUCCAGAGAGAUUUUCUGUUUGAUGAUAUGGGUUAGGGAUUCUCCAGGGACUCCAGAAACCCUAAGAUAUAAUUUUGAGGUUUUCCAAUAAUACCACAGCAGAAAUGCCCAAAGAGAUAGGGAGAAGACAUUACUCUGGAAAAAAGAAAAGUCGAGGGUUUUUGACCUAGUGUUUGUGUUUUUUAAAGCACAGGAAUAGGGAUGGACAUUCAGUCUGUGGUGUGGAGAGGCUAAACAUGAAACUUUCCAAACCAAAUGCAACUUAAUUGGUAACAGUUGUGUUAAAGAGGCAGCUGUGAAUAUUCAUGUUCCAUUUUACAACUGUUGGUUUUGAGAUUAUCUUUAUGCACUUUAGGAGUCCAUUUUCACAGGGACAGUUUCUUAACCAAGAACGGCUAUGGUUCUUGGGGUCCUCAGAGACUCAAGAGUAGAGUACAGUGUACCAGACAGACAGGUUAUGAAUUGAAAGCCUACAUAAACAUGCAGAUGACUUAUAAUAUCAAAGAAGGAUAGGAAACAGAUUUCAUCUUUCUACCAAGUACCUCACUGUAAGUAAACCGAAGAUAAAACCUGAAUUUACCUGAAAGAUGAUCAUGAGUUGAUGGUAUCCCCCAAAAAAGGGUUGAUGAGGAUUAAAGGUAUUGAAUAAAA